UUUUUACUGUAUCAGUUGGGGGUAAGUACUUUGAUCAAGGGUACAACAGCAAGAUUGGGAUUCAGACCCGAGUUAUUUGAGUACAAGGCAGCUGACCUAACUACUACUGUGAACCACAGCCCUACAUAUUAACCCUGAAUUAUUACAGUAAAAAAAUCAUCAGUAACAGCAAUGGUAGUAACACUGAGGCAAUAGCAUAGGAAUCCUGUUACGUUUAGAAGGACAUUGAGACAUUUGUUCUCUGCUACUGCUCCAGCGCCCUUGAUCAAAGUACUCGCCCUGAAUUACUUUACUGAAAAACCCUGCUGUACAUAAGGGUCAUAUGCGGUAAUUUGCUCUCAGUGUAGCAUAAUAAAACAGAAUGAGAGUAAUAAUUGGUCUUGCUGGGAUGGUGUAUACAAUAGGACAUUGUAUACUGUAUCCUGCAAGAAAUGGUUUUUCUAUUCUGUUCAGUUCAUUUUCAUAUUACGAUGCAAAUUUGCCUUAUCAUGGCUUUGUAAGAUUCCGUACCAUCGUUGAAAGUAACUGGGUCCCGGUGCUUUUUUGAUUUUCUCGCCUGCUGACGUGAGAUGCGUGUGAAAUUUUCCUGAGAAUUAGUUUGGAACGGAGUGCUUCUUUUUAAAUAGGGUUUCUAAGUGUAUUCCUAUUCUUAAGAGUGUAAAACCCAAAUACAGUAAUUCUUUGACAAGAGAUGGUUUCAAGGCUUCAUUCGUACGGUAUAGUCAUAAAUCGAAACUUGUGAUGGAGACGUCGUUUCUAGAAGGUGUUUCUGUUUCGUGGAAUACUGGAGGUUUUGUUUUCUUACUGACAUCCACAGUGACGAUAUUUAGGGGGGGAACCCACACUUGAUUGGAUUCAAUACAAUACGUUUAAUGGGUUUGACAUUCAUCUGCUUGUUAAUUCACCUAUGCAUUUCGGGACUUUUCUUCUCCAAAUAAAUCACCUCUCUCCUCCUUAUUUUAACAACGAUAUUUCAUUGGAGAUGCACAAUAUUUUCAUAGGCAUUCAGUGACGUUUGAAAAUGAUGCAUUUUUUUUCCCAGCUCAUUCUCAUCUUUUGCAAUGUUCUGUCUAACCUUUUGUGAUGUUCCUACUGAUACAUUUUAUGUGUCGGAUUUCUCUUUUCUUCCUUUCUGUUGACGCACUGAUAUUUUAGGACCUUGGAUAAUACCCCGUAAACACUGACACAACCCCCAAAAACCCCACAUAUACAAACUAAUUUAAUCACAACGUAAAGAAAAGCAACGCAAUACGAUCGAGCCGAGUAGUCGCGCCAUGUCUCGCAGAAGAAGCCGGAGCAGAAGUCCUACUCAUCACACCACCAACAGCAAUGACCCCCGCGACCUGGAGAGGAGGAUUUUUGUGGGGAAUUUGCCAACAACUCUCAUGGACAGGAAGGACAUGGAAGAUCUGUUCAGUCCGUAUGGGAAGAUUAAUGCGCUGUCCAUGUUCCGUGGGUAUGGAUUUGUGCAGUUUGAGCGAGCCGAGGAUGCAGAGGCUGCAAAGGCGGGACUAAACGGUCGCUUUUAUAGAGGUUAUAAACUAGAUAUUAAUAUGGCAGCGGAGAGACGACAGAGUAAAGCUCAAUCCCGGCAGAGCCCUCCACGAAGGAACCCAUAUGGUGGCAGUGGUGGUUAUGGGGAUGGCAGAGAGCCCCGCGGGCGCUCCCGUUCUCCCGUGCAUGGACGGGACCACAGGGAGCCCCGAUUCAGCCACCCACGGGACCACCCCCCACGGGACCCCAGCUUUGAGCGGUACCAUGGGUCAGAAGGCCGUGAGAAAGACCACAGGGGUGACCCUAGAGAUGCUCCCUACAGGGAUGAAUCAUAUGAUCGAUAUUACCGCAUGGACGACUACUAUCGCAAGAAGGAGGACCCCUAUGCCAACCGCUACAGGGAUCCUUGGAACGGCAGACGGGAACCUGAAGAUGACCGCCCGAGGAUGGAGGAGCGACGGCGUAAUGAGCUCUAUCGGCAGUUCUACGAAGAGCUGCAGCGGCGCUAUGACUCGGAGCGGCCCGUCGACUGCUCUGUCAUUGUUGUCAACAAGCAGCAGAAGGAGUAUGCAGAGACAGUGGGUAGAAAGGUGCGUGACCUGGGAAUGGUGGUGGACCUGAUCUUCCUGAACACGGAGGUGUCACUGACGCAAGCGCUGGAAGAUGUGGGCCGUGCGCGGACGCCCUUCGCCAUCAUCAUCACGCAGCAGCACCAGGUGCACCGCUCCUGCACAGUCAACAUCCUGUUCGGCACACCUCAAGAGCACCGCAACAUGCCCAUGCAAGAUGCCAUGGUGCUGGUGGCCCACAACUAUGAUGCAUUCAAAGCUGAACACCGGGACAAGGAGCGUGAGGAGAUUGCCUGCAAGGCUGCCAAGAUGGCUGAUGAUGUGCUGAUGAGGGAGCAUGAGCGGGAGGGCCAUCCUAUCUCCGUGAUAACUGCCAUCACCCUGCUAGCGGAAGGGAGGUACCUCACGCUAGAAGAGCUUGACAGACUGCUGGACUACCUGCGGGACAAGCGAGAGCGUAUGGUGAGAGGCAACAGCGACCCACUCACAGGAUCUCAUUCGUCAGCAGUGACCACUUCCCUGGAGCCUCCACCGCUGCCACUGUCGGCACCGCAGAACCUGUCGAACGUGCCCAUCAGCAGCAUGGCACAACACGCUCCCCACAACCCCCUGCCAGCACAUACGACACACACGCCCCACACCGCUCACCCAGUACACGCGGCGCAUCCGACACACGCGGCGCAUCCGACACACGCGGCGCAUCCGACGCACACGGCGCAUCCGACGCACACGGCGCAUGUCACCCAGACGUCCCUUACCACUCACGCAGCCCAGCCCUCCCACCUGGCCCAGCCCUCUCACCUGGCCCAGCCCUCUCACCUGGCCCAGCCUUCUCACCUGGCCCAGCCUUCUCACCUGGCCCAGCCUUCUCACCUGGCCCAGCCCUCUCACCUGGCCCAGCCUUCUCACCUGGCCCAGCCCUCUCAGACCCCCAACCCAUCUCAGCAGCCCAGCCACCAGCAGGAGCUGCAGGCCAAGAUCCUCAGCCUGUUCAACAGUGGAGCGGGGACCCCUGCAGCCAACACCAGUGUGGCCCCCCAGGCGCAGAGCUAUGGUACCUCCCUCAGCAGCCAGACCAGUGCGCUCUCAGCACCCCUCAUCCCUUCCUCCAUGCCCAAAAUGCAACAGUCCUCAGGGCAGAGUCCCGGCGGCAUGAUGGGUGCCCGCCCAGCGUUGCGGCCGCCAGCCAUGGCUCCCAGCAGUGUUCCCUCGCAGUACACGCCCCCGAACCGCCUUUCAACCCCCCAGGGGGCAACGAGGGCUGCGGUCGCUAGCACCGGGAUCAACUUUGACAACCCGAGUGUCCAGAAAGCUCUGGACACCCUCAUCCAAAGUGGACCCUCCAUUAAUCACCUGGUGAACCCGGGGAAUGCAACUGCUCCCAGGCCUGGGCAGGGUAUGGGCCAGGUACCGCCCGCUAUGGCCCUCUACCCCCGGCACUACUGAGCGCCAUGUUGACUACCCCCCAGCAUCCUCACACAGGUGGACGUCUCUGCAGAUUGGUUGGGCAAAUUUGUAAAAGCCUUUAGAUGUUCUUUUCUAUUGGUGCGAGUGUGUGUGUGUGUGUGUGUGCGUGUGCGUGUGUGUGUGUGUGAGCGAGCGCGCCCAUUGACAUGCUUUAGAAAUGUCCGUCUAGUUAUGUUGUAACUAGAAAUAGUUUUGUUUACAAGCUGGUGUAGUCAGUAUAAGGAGCGUGUACAUUGCAUGCCUGAAUGUGGGCUCUUCCCACUGCGUUCAGUUCCAGCCAGCUGGACAAUGGACGUGUGACAGUGUUUUAUACAGUCCUCUUUGCUAUUGUUCAUAGGAACGGUUGUCAAUAAACUAAUACCACGUUUAUCUUUAUUUUGUCUUCAUUUUGAAAGACGAAUUUGUGCAGUCAGUUAAGAUGAAGACCUGCUGUAACAAUGGAACCACUAUUCAUUUACACUUGUCUAUAGGUGUAUUUUUACAAAGAUCGCCAAACAGCCAGUUCCUUUUCUUCCUAUCAGAGUCUUCAUGAUGAUUUUUAUCCUCAGGUUUACUAUGUUUUACUCAGUUUGACAUGUAUCAGUGGCUUCUAGUGCUGCUGACUUUUUUUUUUUUUAAUCAGUUAAUUACUUGACCUUGAAAUUCAGUUCCAUUUGUGUUAAAGUAAAAAUUAGUUUGGGGAUUCACUUUGUAUUUGUGAAGUAUCGUUAGUAAUUGAAGGAUAAGUAAAUGUUUUUCUUUUCCUUGAAAAAUACAACUGCUUUUAACAGCAGUUACUGCAGUGAAUCAUUGAUUUAUUGCACCUCAGCUUUUGUUCAGUUGGAAAACUGAAUAUUAAGAUUUUUUUUUUUCCCUUUCCUGAAAGUCUUGGAGCGAUGUACAAGCAGCUACUUCCUGAUGUCUUUGUCAUAACUGGUAGUUGUAACUCAACAAAACCAUGGUUUUACCACGAGCAAACAACCACAGUGAAUCAGCUCUGGUUGGAACAUCUCCUUCAGGGCUGAUCAUUGGAUUCUGGGGGAAAGUUUUACUUCCAAGGUUUGUUUUUUUUUUUUUUCUUUUCCCAAAUUCUUACCAUGUAAUUUGUGUAAUUUUGGGGGGAAGGAAAAUGUUUUAAACACCAGGAAUGUCCUCACCAUAACUCAGUGAGCAAAAAUUUGUGUUGUCUUGUGUUUAUACAAUAAACCGUAGUC